UUCAUAUGGGUAAAAGUAAGAAAAAACUUAAGAAGAGGUUAAUUAACUAUCUUUUCCUGAACUAGACGCCACUUGAGUGCAAUUUUGGGUUAGAGUAAUUUAGAUUAUCGUCUUGUAAAAAAACCAACGCUCAGUUAUUUAAUUGAAUAAUUUUUGUGACCAUAAGUUCGUAACAAUUGCAGCACCUUGUACAAGUAGUGAGAGAUCCAUCAAUCCAGUGGGCCCAAUGCACAAGGCCCAUUAUUCAUUUUCCCAGCCGGCCUUUAAUUUUAAAUACUUUAUGUGACCGUUACAAGUAGGAAUUUCUUCCUCCCAUUUGGCGCCAUGAAAUGAAUCACUCGCUGCUGAAACUUGUGCACAAAUGCCAAACUCUCAGACCACUGAAAUCCAUCCAUGCCCAUCUCCUAGUCACCGGUUCGUUCCUCUCGUCCCACCAUAUCCUCAACAAGCUCCUCAGGUUGUACUCUCGCUUUGGAGCCAUCGACUAUGCCCGCAAGCUGUUCGAUGAAAUUACUCAACCAAAUUCCUUUCUUUGGACUGCCUUGAUUCAUGGGCAUGUCGAGAAUCGUAGAUAUGAAGUUGCUUUGUCUCUGUUUUCCCAAAUGCAUGGUGAGUCCGUUGAGCCAUUGAAUUUUACUUUUGCAUCCGUGCUUAAGGCUUUAGCUAGGCAGAGUAGAGUUCAAGAUGGGGAAGCAAUUUAUGGGUUUGUCUUCAAAUUUGGAUUCGGUUCUGACUUGACCAUUCAAAAUGCGGUAAUUGACUUGUUUAUGAGAUGUGGCAAAGUUGAUGUCGCUAGGGGUGUAUUUGACCAGAUGGAUGAAAAAGAUGUGGUUUCUUGGAAUUCGAUGAUUUCAGGCUAUGUAGGUAAUGGUAGAGUUGAUGUUGCGAGGGAGCUUUUUGAUUGGAUGCCUGAGAGGAAUACAGUUUCAUGGACAAGCAUGAUAUGUGGAUGUGUGAAGUCUGGGGACAUGGCGGAGGCAAGGUUUCUUUUUGAGAAAAUGCCAACCAAAGACUUGGUGUCAUGGAAUGUGAUGAUUUCUGGGUACACCGAUGCCGGUGAAAUUGGUAAUGCUCUCUCUUUAUUUGAAGCAAUGCCAAUCCGUGAGGUUGGGACUUGGAAUCUGAUGAUUUCGGGGUUAUGUAAAGCAGGGGAUAUCAAACUUGCAGAAGACUUCUUCAAUAUUAUGCCAAAUAAGAAUGUUGCUUCGUGGACUAUAAUGAUGGAUGGCUAUAUAAAAUCUGGCAAUAUUACUAGUGCAAGGAGCUUAUUUGAUCAGAUGCCAGAGAAGAAUUUGGUUUCAUGGUCUACCAUAAUUGGGGGUUAUGCUCGAAAUGGGGAGCCUCGCAGAGCUUUGGAGAUGUACAAACACUUCAAGGAGCUAGGAGUUGGACCAGAUGAGACUUUUGUCUUGGGAAUCAUCUCGGCUUGCUCACAAUUAGGAGUUCUUGGUACAGCAGAAUCCAUUGUGGGUGAUUUUUUGGGACAAUCAACUCUGUCUAAUCUGCAAGUGGUCACUAGUUUGAUAGACAUGUACGCAAAAUGUGGGAGCAUUGAAAGGGCUGUACAAAUAUUUGAAAUGGCCCGAAAAAAGGAUUUGCUUUGUUAUAGCACCAUGAUUUCAGCCUUUGCCAACCAUGGAUUGGGUCAAGAUGCCAUUUCUUUGUUUGAGGAGAUGAAGAGGGAAGGCAUAAAACCUGAUGGCAUAUGUUUUCUUAGCGUUCUGAGUGCUUGUAACCAUGCUGGUUUAGUCACCGAGGGCAGGAGGUACUUUAAACAAAUGACAUUUGAACAUGGAAUUCAUCCUUCUGUAAAACACUAUGCAUGUGUUGUUGACCUUCUUGGUCGUGGCGGAUGCCUCAGAGAAGCGUACAAGCUUAUAUGUAAGAUGCCGUUUGCAGCUCCUUCAGCUGUAUGGGGCGCUUUACUUGCAGCGUGCAGGGUCCAUCGCAAUGUCCAACUGGCUGAAGUUGCCGCAGCCGAAUUAUUCAAGAUUGAGCCAGACAAUUCUGGCAAUUAUAUUCUGUUAUCCAAUACCUAUGCUGCUGCAGGAAUGUGGGAUGGCGUGGCGAAAGUAAGAGCGUUGAUUAGAGAGCAUGGGGUUAGAAAAAAUAGAGGGUCGAGCUGGAUUGAGUUGGGAUGUGAAAUCCAUGAGUUUGUUAUGGGAGAUAUGUCACAUUUUGAUUCAGAAAGGAUAUACCUUGUACUGGAUUUGCUUAGGGAAGAUAUGAAGCUUCUGGGUUAUUUAGUUGACAGCGAACAGAAAGCAGAAUUGUCAAGCUCUGGAAACUAUACACAGGUUCAGUAGUUCGAUAACAGUAUGUUCCACUGCCGCGAUUCGAACCUUGUUGAGCAAAUACACAUUCCAAGUUUAUUUUUGCUUGGGACAAUUUAAUUUAAAUCUUCGCAAUUCGUCUAUUAUAGCAACGAUAAUCGAGUAAAAA